AUGGCGGGGACAAGUGCGGAGGGGGAGGAAACAAGCAUGACUCACCCUAUACCCGAUGGGGAUCUUGUGAGCAUGAUGGCCCGUAUGAUGAAGGAAUUCAAACAAGAGAUGAUGAUCCAAAUGGAUGUGCGAGCAAAAGAAUCCAUUGCUCAAUCAAAAGAAUCCGAAGCCCGCAUGCUUGCCGCCCAAAACACUUUAUUUGAGGAGUUCAACACUUGGAAGGGAGAGCGGGGGACGAGGCCUCCCACUCCUAUGGGCAAUUUUGUGCCUAAUGAGGUCCCGGAGGAAAAUGUUGAAGAGGAGGAGUAUGAGGGGUGGCAAGGAGGGAAUGUUCGGGAUAGGGUUAACAAUUUGGAGAAUGGAAGGAGGGAUAGGUAUUAUGAGGAGGAGCCCCGACCAAGGUUUGAUGAUCCGUCCAAGACCUUGAAACACAACCUUCCCGAAUUCCAUGGAAAGUUCGAUCCCGAAGCCUACUUGGAGUGGGAAUCUCAAGUGGAGAAAAUCUUUUCCCUCCACAACUAUUCCGAGGGAGAUAAGGUGAAGAUUGCUUUGGCCGAAUUUAGGGGUAAUGCUAACACUUGGUGGAAUGAUGUGUUGAGAAAGAGGAGGAUAGCUAGGAUGGGAGAGGUGCGAUCAUGGGAUGAGUUGUGCCGAAUCAUGAAGGAGUCCUUUGUACCGAGGUCCUAUUAUCUCAAGCUUCGUGGGGAGCUUCAAGACCUAAGGCAAGGAUCCAUGAGUGUGAUGGAUUACUACUAUGAACUUCUUGCUUUGAUGAACAAGAUUGGAGUAAAUGAAUCGGAGGAAACCACUCAAGACCGUUUCAUCCAUGGUCUCAACACGUCCUUGAAGCAUAAAGUCCAAAUUGAGGCUUUGAGGGGAAUCACAUUGGGGGAAGUACUAAGUUUUGCCGAGACUUUUGAGAGGCAAGGUAAAGAGGUGGCUCUUAGCAAGGCAAGAGUGGCUUCUAGUCAAACCGGGAUGGGAGGAAACAAGUGGAGUACCCCUUCCAAAAAGAUGGAGAGCUCACCUAUUACUCAAGGCAAAGCACCAUACAAGGGAUCUCCAAGCUCAAGUCCACAAGUUACCAAGAGCCCUUCCUCAACGGAGAGUAGCAAGGUACAAUGCUUCAAGUGUAAGGGCUAUGGUCACUAUGCUCGUGAGUGCCCCAACCAAAGAGUCAUGGUUAUUGGGCAAGAUGGUAGCGUGCAUAGUGAGGAUGAGGAAGACGUGGUGGUAGAAGACAAGGAGGCGAGUGUAGAGCCACGAAUGUCAUAUUCUAGUGGAGAAGAAGAGGAUGAGGGGUCAAAAUCCUUAGUGAUGCUAAGGAUGCUCAAUGUACAACCCGAUCUUGAGGAGCAUAAAGAACAAAGGUGCAACAUCUUCCAUAUGAAUUGCAAGGUAUACUCUAAAACUUGUUUGGUGAUUAUUGAUGGAGGUAGUUGUGCUAAUGUGGUGAGUGAACAAUUGGUGGCCAAGUUGGGGUUGAAGGUUGACAAACACCCCAAUCCUUACAAGCUUCAAUGGCUAGGGGAGUCCGGGGAGCUAAAAGUGAAGGAUCAAUGUCUCGUUCCUUUGAAGAAUGGUGUCUUUGAGGAUGAGGUGAUGUGUGAUAUCAUUCCAAUGACGGCUUGUCAUGUGUUGUUGGGAAGGCCUUGGGAGUUUGAUAGGAGGGUGUAUAAGAAUGGUUUCACCAAUGAAUAUUUCUACAUGGUGAAUGGUUUGAAGGUUAGGUUGAAGCCCCUCUUACCUAAGGAUGUGUUUGAGGCACACCAACAUCUACAAAGGGAAAGGGAAAGGGAUAGAGAGAAAAGGCUUGUGAGUGAGGGUUGCUUGUUAGCUAGGACUCCCGACCUUGGGUGGGCACUAAAAAGCCGUUCAACCAUUCUCCUCAUGGUCCGGAACGAUUUAUGUUUAAAUACUAACACUAAUCCUUGUCCUUUGUUGAUUGAAAGUGUUUUGCAAGGUUUCAAGGAUGUCUUCCCGGACGAGCUUCCAAACAAGCUCCCACCCGUGAGAGGGAUUGAGCACCAAAUUGAUUUUGUACCGGGAUCCUCUCUUCCCAACCGGGCGGCAUAUAAAGCAAACCCAAAGGAGACUCAAGAACUUCAAAGGCAAAAGGAUGGAACUUGGAGAAUGUGCGUGGAUUGUAGAGCCAUCAAUAAGAUCACCAUUAAGUAUAGGCACCCUAUACCUAGGUUAGAUGAUAUGCUUGAGGAUCUAUGUGGCUCUCAUUGUUUCUCCAAAAUUGAUUUAGCAAGUGGGUACCACCAAAUUCGCAUGAAAGAAGGGGAUGAAUGGAAAACCGCUUUUAAAACCAAAUUUGGCUUAUAUGAAUGGCUUGUUAUGCCUUUUGGAUUGACUAAUGCUCCUUCCACUUUCAUGCGUUUGAUGAAUCAUGUGCUUCGUCCUUUCAUUGGAAAAUUUGUGGUGGUGUAUUUUGAUGAUAUCUUGAUUUAUAGUAAGAGUGUAGAAGAGCAUGCUAAUCAUCUUAGGGAUGUGCUUGAAGUGUUGAGAAUGCAUGCCUUAUAUGCCAAGUUAUCCAAAUGCACUUUUUGUGUUGAUGAGGUUGUUUUUCUUGGAUUCGUUGUGGGGAGGGAUGGUGUGAAAGUAGAUGAGGAGAAAGUGAAGGCGAUUAGGGAGUGGCCUACACCCAAGAGUGUGAGUGAAGUUCGAUCUUUCCAUGGUCUUGCAAGCUUCUAUAGGAGGUUUGUGAGGGAUUUUUCUACUAAGGCAUCUCCCCUUAAUCACCUUGUGAAAAAGAAUGUGGAGUUUAAGUGGGGAGAGGAGCAAGAAAGAGCUUUUAACACCUUAAAAAAUGACCUUACUCAUGCUCCUUUGUUAGCCCUUCCCAAUUUUGACAAGACUUUUGAGCUAGAGUGUGAUGCUAGUGGAGUGGGGGUAGGAGGAGUGCUCAUGCAAGAGGGGAAGCCCAUAGCCUAUUUUUCCGAAAAGCUUGGCCAAGCCCAAUUAAACUACCCCACAUAUGACAAGGAGUUGUAUGCUAUAGUGAGGUGUUUAGAGAAUUGGCAACAUUACCUCAUGCAUAGGGAGUUUGUAAUACACACCGACCAUGAAUCCAUUAAGUUCCUAGGGGGACAACAUAAACUUGAUAAAAGACAUGCUAAGUGGAGUGCUUUUCUAGAAACUUUCCCUUAUGUGAUCAAAUAUAAGAAGGGGAAGGAAAAUGUUGUUGCCGAUGCCCUUUCUAGGAAGCCUCAUGCUCUUUCAAUGCUUGUUGUGUGUGCUUCAAAGUAUGUUGGCUUUGAGUUCAUUAAGGACUUAUAUAGACAUGAUCACGAAUUUGCCACUAUUUUUGAAGCAUGUGAAAAAGGAUCUUUUGAUAAAUAUUAUAGGAUGGAUGGUUACUUGUAUAAAGAGAAUAAGCUUUGCAUUCCUAAUUGCUCUCUUCGUGACUUGUUGAUUAAGGAAUCUCAUUUGGGAGGCUUGAUGGGGCACUUUGGGGUGUCAAAAACUUUUGACAUUUUGAGUGAACAUUUCUCUUGGCCUUGUAUGAAGAAACAUGUUGAGAAAUUUUGUGGUCAAUGCAUAGAGUGUAGGCAAGCCAAGUCUAAGUCUAGUAACUUUGGGCUUUAUACUCCUUUACCUAUACCUACACAACCUUGGGUGGACAUUUCCAUGGAUUUCGUGCUAGGCCUACCCAUGUCUUCUCGGAAGAAUGAUAGCAUUUUGGUAGUAUUGUCUCCAUUUGAAGUUGUAUAUGGAUUUAACCCCCUCACCCCGUUGGAUUUGUCCGCGGUGGAUUUGCCUUUGUCAAUUAUGCCUCUAGAAGAUCGAAAAAGGGCAUCAAAAGGUGAAUUUCCGGAAGCUGGAAGUGAAGGGACGCGCAGCGGGCCGCUGGAACAAGUGCAGAGGUCUCUGCAAAGACUCCAGAAGGCUCUGACACUCUCCAGCGGUUGCUACACCCUUGCCAGCGACCGCUGGGAAAACGCGGCGCGUGACAUCUGUCUUCAAACUCAAUUUGCCGGCGAUACUGAAGUCCAAUCAUGGCGUUCUACACACCAUUCUCUUUGUCUUGAAAAGCGAUUAAAGAUGGUACCAAGAUCACCUCUAUCGUAG